AUGUCUGGCAUCAGCCCAGGAGAAGAGGAUUUGCCCACCAAUCACACAGGUCCUAAAGGUGUGAUUACUGACUGGCGACGGUUUAAGUUGGACAGUGUGACUCAGUCUAGCCCACAAAGCAAGAGAGAGCUUCUCAGACAAAUGUCGAGUACACGAGAGGAUGACAAGAACAGAAAGAUGAGCGUUCAGGAGUACGAGCUGAUCCAAGAAGACGAUGAAUGUGUUCUCAAACACUACAGGAAACAACGCAUGCAUGACAUGCACGAGCAGCUGAGCUUUGGUCCAAAGUUCGAAGCAGUCCACGAGCUCGACAGUGGAGAGGCGUUUCUGGAGGUCAUCGAAAAGGAGCACCGGCUGACCCUGGUGAUGGUCCACGUUUACCAGCAUGGGGUCAAAGGCUGUGAACAGCUGAACUCCUGUCUGGACUGCCUGGCCUCCGAGUAUUCCAGCAUUAAAUUUUGUCGAAUCGAUGCUGUGGCGACUGGUGCUGCAGAGCGUUUCUCUUCUGAGGUCCUUCCUGCCCUUCUGGUCUAUAAGUCUGGGGACUUACUCGCUAAUUUCCUGGCCAUCACCAAACACUUCAGUGACGAGUUCUUUGCGACUGACGUGGAGGCCUUCCUCGCUGAAUACGGCCUGAUCCCUGAGAAGGAACCUGCAGGAUGUGCUGAUGGUGACGACGAGGGAGGGGACGUUGAAUAG